ACUUUCUUCGCUGAACUCGUAAGCAAAAUCCUACAACACUACGGCGUGGCCAUUCUCGAGCUUCUUUCUGUUGAAAAUCACCGUCAGUUAUAACAGUUACAACCAAAUCGGAUGCAAUUUGGGGAGCAGCAUAUUUGUCAUAUUUUGUAUAAUAUUCGUUAAACUACUAUGGCAUCGAAAGUUACCUUCAGAAUAACUCUCACUUCUGAUCCCAAUCUGCCAUAUAAAGUGUAAGUGUGAUCGUUUAAGAUAAUUUGUAUCUCGGUUGCUUGUUAAUAAUGCAAGCUAAUGCCUCCGAAUUCUUCGAAACUUUCGAUGCGUUUCACACGUUACUCCAAGGUCCGAGCGUGAAUAAAGAGAUAACUGUAGAAAAUGUGACGCACGCUUUUAAUUGUGCUCGCUUCGUCGAGAUAGCGAUUGCAAAAGUUCAAGCCGAAGGGAAAGAAUGCGAUUUGGAGAAGUAUUUGCAAGACUACCGAAGAUCGGAAGGGAGAUCACUUUCACACACGUGUACCGACUUGGCGAAAGCAUGCGACAAGUUAUUAGAAUGUUACUUGAAGGACAGUCACCUUUCCACUGAAAUAGUUGACGAGUACUUGAAACUAUACACACAACAUUUGGGAUACAACAGGCUAAAGGUCUUCUUGAAUCAGUUAAUGAGCAAUUCUAUUUCUAUAAACACGAUUAUAGAGUCUCUGGAAGAAUUAGGAGUGCCGUUGUCCUAUAUGGAAAAUGAAGCUUUAAUCAUGUCAUGGGAAAUGGCAAUAACUAAUGGGGAUAAAACUGGGGUGAUAAAUCGCAUACACGAAAUGAUAAAUGACGAUCAAGUUUCAAAAUUGAUUUGUUCAAUAACUUUAUUACACAAUGACAAUGCGAUCGGGAAAUUAAUUAAGGAAAUUCUCACCUCCAAGUUAGUUGAAAAUCAUCCUGCGAUAUGCAUAGCGUUUGCGGAUAUUAAAGGUAAAUUGCUUUUAAAAUUGCUCAAAAACGAUCACAAUUUCUGCAUAAAUUUCAUCGAUGCGAUAUUUUACUUCGGCCGAAAUAUGCAACAGAUAGAUGGGGAUUGGUUGUCGGAUUAUGAUUUUAAAUAUGAACAUCUGUGCAAAAUAAUCAAAACUUUGUUAAAUGGUCCUCCCAAAAUUUGUGAAUUAGUGUACAAUAGACUGUCUAUUGCUAAAACUCAACCAGAUAGUACGAUAUGGAAUGAUAUUGAAAAACUUGUUUUAUUAUAACUUUUCAGAUUUUGUAUGAACUACGACAUAUAUAUUGUAUUUUAUACUGUUAUAUAAUUUUGUAAAAGAGGGAAAAUAAAUUGUUUGCACUACAAAUAAGUUCGUUUUGUUAACAGAAUAAAUACCAGUCCUAUUUCAAAGUAUAUUUUAAACAUGAGAAAUAUCUCAAUAUAUAUGCACAAAUAUGUGUAUUUACAUAAAUAUGAAAAGCAAAA